AUGAGGUGUGACCGGAAGAUUUCUCUUGGCUCUCACCAUCUUUUGAUAUGUGUCAUCAGUAGAAAAAGAGAGGUCCACUUACAUUAUUCACAUGGACAAGUCUCACAUGCCCAAGGACACUGGCCCACACCACUGGUACUCCUCCACCGUCGAUUCUAUCAAGACCGCCAGCCCCGCAACAUCCGACGGCCACCAAUCGCCGGCGAGAUUCUCUACACUUACGACAACGCCGUCCAUGGGUUCAGUGCGGUGCUUUCCAAAGAUGAGAUGGAGACCGUGAAGAAGUCACCGGGGUUUCUGUCGGCUUACGGUGACAAGCAAGUGACGGUGGACACCACCCACACGUUCGAGUUCCUGUUGCUUAAUCCGGUCACCGGGUUCUGGCCGGCGUCGGAUUACAGGAAGGACGUCAUCAUCGGCGUGAUCGACAGUGGCGUGUGGCCGGAGAGCAAGAGCUACCACGACGAGGGAAUGACGAUGGUUCCCUCAAAGUGGAAAGGAACUUGUGUGGCGGGACAGGAGUUCAACUUAUCGUUGUGUAACUUGAAGCUUAUCGGUGCUAGGUACUUCAACAAGGGCAUGAUAGCUACAAAUCCCAACAUAACAAUCAGCAUGAACUCCGCGAGGGACACCCGCGGCCACAGGUCCCACACUUCCUCCAUCGCGGCCGGUAACUACAUAGUCGAAGCCUCCUACUUCGGCUACGCGACCAGAACAGCCAGAGGCAUCGCGCCCAAGGCCAGACUCGCCAUCUACAAAGUCACAUGGGACGAAGGCCAAUACGCUUCCGACGUCAUAGCCGGCAUCGAUGCGGCCGUUUCGGACGGGGUCGAUGACCGCAUCGUUCCGUGUCAAAAAUAA